UUCAAAUAUGAACUGUUGGAUACUCUUCAUUUUUACAACACUGGCUGAGUGCCUCACCAUAAAAAGAGCAGCCCACUCAUGUCCUGAACUGUGCUCCUGUUCCUUUUCAACUCUGGGUGCAGAGGUGGAGUGCAGCCAGGAAUCUUUGAGACAUUUCUCUGUAGAUGGUCUCACCUCCAACACCACCCGACUGUCCAUCCUAUCCACCAACCUCAGCAGUAUCACAGCACAUCAUCUGAGUGCUGUGCCGCUAUUAAAGAGCCUCCAGUUGUAUCACACCAACCUGACAAGCCUCCCUGCAGAUCUACUGAAGGACGUUCCUCACUUGAACUCACUGGAUCUGACGGGUAAUCGGUUGCUUCAUCUUCCUCCAAAUGUCUUUAACCAUUACACACUUCGAAGUCUUGUGCUGAAGAACAAUCUGAUUGAAGAAGCAGACGCUGAGUGGUUUUCUGACAACAGUAGCCUCACCUGGCUUGACUUGUCUGGAAACCUUUUAUCAGGUAUAUCUACCACUCUGCUUCACAAGUUGCCAAAUUUGGAGAAUCUAGACUUGAGUGACAACUACCUGCAAGACCUACAACCUGACGUCCUGACUAAUCUGCACCAACUAGAGUCCCUGAAUCUAGCAGGGAACAAAUUAAUCUCCUUAAAGUCAAACACCUUUAUCCACAACUUGAAACUAUCCCAACUAUUCCUACAAGAGAAUCGGCUCCAAGAGCUCCACGCAACCCUCCUUAAAGGUCUCCAUCAUCUUGAGCUUCUGUUGCUCAAUCAAAACCAGCUGCAGAAUCUUCCCCAGGGGCUACUGGAUGAAAAGAAAUCCUCCUUCAGGGUGAUUUUAACAGGAAACCCCUGGGUGUGUGAUGAUAAGAUAGAGUAUCUGUGGAAAUGGCUCACUGCCCAUCCGCAGAAUGUUUUCUUUUUGGAGGGAGUAACAUGUGCAGGGCCUGGGGCUCUUAAACAACAACCAGUGUUCUCUUUAUCAGACACAGAUGGACUCAGCUGGGUUAAAAAUUAG